AUGGCAAGAUCACGUUUGCAUUUUACCAAAAAUCUCACGACGAGAAGGUUCUGCCAUAGAGUUAAUUAUGGAUGCGGAAAAAGUAUCCUUGUUUUCAAAAUAUAUCUUUGAAU